GAGAGCUAGAAUUAUAUUAUUAAGAAAAUAAUAGCAUUUCAAUAGAUCAUGGAUUGGCAUAGUCCAGUCAUCCAACCCCUUCUUACAGAUUUCUACCAAGUUACAAUGGURUAUGCGUACUGGAAGAGUGGAAAGACGAAGGAUAGUGCAGUUUUCGACCUGUUUUUCAGAAGAAACCCCUUCCGCGGAGAAUUCACCGUGUUUGCAGGCCUCGAAGAGUGUUUGAAUUUCUUAAAGACUUGGACGAUCACCGAAAAAGAUGUUGUAUAUUUAAAGUCACAGCUGCCRGCGAGUACGGAGAGUGAGUUUUUUGACUACCUUAGGUCCAUUGAUAUGMGUUGUGUUGAAUUAUGGGCCGUUCCUGAAGGAACUAUUGUCUUCCCAAGAACACCUCUAAUAAGGAUCCAAGGCCCACUGCCAGUUGUUCAACUACUAGAGACAACCCUUCUAACUUUAGUCAAUUUUGCAAGCUUGGUUACRACCAAUGCAGCCAGGUUUCGGUUAGCAGCUGGUUGGGAUAAAACACUACUUGAAUUUGGUCUUCGUCGCGCACAAGGACCAGAUGGUGGUUUGUCUGCAUCAAAAUACUGCUAUAUUGGAGGUUUUGAUGGCACAAGCAACGUUCUAGCUGGAAAGCUUUUUGGCAUCCCAAUCAAAGGCACAAUGGCUCAUGCCUUUGUCAGCUCAUUUAAUGGAAAAGGACCAGCUUCCRUUGAUAAAUUACAACCURUWGACAAGACUCAAGAACCAAGGGAUUUGUUGACUGAAAGUAAAGCAUGGCUAAAGAAAAUUGCUCCUGUUCUUGGUGUAUUUGAGGAAGAAGUUCAUCGAGGAGAACUGGUGUCAUUUGUUGCUUAUGCUACUGCGUUUCCAAGCUCUUUCCUUGCUUUGGUUGAUACCUAUCAUGUGCUUAGGAGUGGUAUCCCAUGUUACUGUGCUGUAGCUCUAGCCCUUGAUGACUUUGGAUACAGACCAAUAGGUAUAAGACUGGACUCYGGGGAUUUGGCAUAUCUCUCUAUGGAAGUCAGAAAAGCUCUGCAGCUUGUAGCUGAUAAGCUUUCAAGACCCUGGCUUGCAAAAAGUUUAAUAGUGGCCAGCAAUGACAUUAAUGAAGAAACAUUACUGUCCCUGAAACAACAGGGUCAUUCAAUUAAUUCUUUUGGAAUAGGAACUCAUCUAGUUACUUGUCAGAAACAGCCAGCCCUUGGUUGUGUGUUUAAGGUUGUUGCAAUCUUCAGUCCUUCUAAUCAUGACAUCCUGGCCAAUCAAAAUUGCUCAAACUUAGUUGAACUUAGUGACAUGGCAUGCAUGAAACUUAGUCAGGAAAUCGAAAAAAUCACUAUUCCAGGCAAGAAAGCGCUGUACAGACUUUACGGAGCUGAAGGAAGUCCACUUCUAGACAUUCUUCAACAGAACUCAGAGCCUCCACCCAGUGUAGGCCAAAGAGUAUUAUGUAGACAUCCAUUUGCAGAAGCAAAACGUGCUUAUGUAUGCCCAUCUCAUGUGGAAUCCCUGUUGAAAUUGUACUGGAAAGAUGGAGAGAUAUGUUGUUCUCUACCCAGUCUAAAAGAAAUUCAAAAUAACUUGAAGACGUCACUACAGUCAUUAAGACCAGAUCACCUUCGACCACUCAACCCAACUCCUUAUAAGGUUUCAUUGAGUGAAAAUCUAUACCUCUUCAUGCAUCAACUCUGGUUAGAGCACAUGCCAAUUGGUGAGCUAUCUUAGGCAAGCUCGGAAAGACAUCAGAUAUAUACAAUACUCAAGUGAUGACGUCACAAAACGAAAAUGUUUUUAAAUUUUCCCCCCAUAUUCUGAAAGUGAAUCAUUUUUAAUGCAUCCUUGCUAAAUAUGAGUGUCUUAGUGGCAUGUAUAGCGGAGAUACAAGCGAUUUUAUGGUUGGGUGACCACAUACAAACGCUUGUAAAUUUGGUCUUGUUCCUUUGACGCUGAAAUUUGGUAGAUAGCUACUUUUUUCCUAGUCUCCUCGCAGCCGUGUUUAG